AAGAAACUACAGAGCCUGUUUAAAACUUGCCCAAUCACCGACAGCCUCAUUUCUGUGUCCUCCUCCUCAGUCAGCCAGUCAGCAGCAGCCUGCAGAGAUCCAACCUGUGAAAAAUCAGCAGGUCCUAAACUUUCUUCCCGAAGUGUACCAGCCAUGCUUCUCCAAACUCUGUGAAAAGAUCAGCUCUUGCUAAGAAAAUUUCAAAGAUGUUUCAAAUUCCUGUGGAAAAUCUUGACAACAUCAGGAAGGUGCGGAAAAAGGUGAAAAGCAUUCUUGUGGAUAUUGGGCUUGACUGCUGCAAGGAGUUGCUGAAGGUAAGAGGAUGUAGCAGAUCGAGAGAAGACAGUAAUACCAGAGAGGCUGGGAUUGGCCUCUGGAGGACCUUAAAGGCUUUGAUCCAGGAGAGAAAUACUUUUAUAACACAUCAUGGGGAGAUGUUUCUCUCUGGGAACCUUCCGGAAAAAAAGUGCAGAGGUACCGGACAAAGCCUUACUGCUGUGGCGUGUGUAAAUACUCCACAAAAGUGCUUACUUCAUUCAAAAACCAUUUACAUCGUUACCAUGAAGAUGAAAUUGACCAAGAGCUGGUGAUCCCUUGUCCAAACUGUGUAUUUUCUUCUCAACCCAAAGUUGUGGGGCGGCAUUUCAGAAUGUUCCAUGCACCUGUUCGGAAAGUCCAGACCCACACAGUGAAUAUUUUAGGUGAAACUAAAGCAUCUAGGAGUGAUGUGAUAAGUUUCACAUGUUUAAAAUGUAAUUUUUCGAACACUUUGUACUAUAGCAUGAAGAAGCAUGUGCUGGUAGCCCAUUUUCACCACUUAAUUAACUCCUACUUUGGCCUACGAACUGAGGAAAUGGGCGCACAGCCGAAAACUGAGGAUGCCCUUUCUGCUGAAAGGAUGCCGCCACCUGACAAGUAUUACUGUAAAAAGUGCAACGCCAAUGCCAGCAGCCAGGAUGCUUUAAUGUAUCAUAUUUUGACAUCGGAUAUCCACAGGGAUUUGGAGAAUAAGCUUAGAUCUGUGAUUUCAGAACACAUUAAGAAGACGGGACUUCUGAAGCAAAUGCAUAUUGCUCCCAAACCUGCUGUGCCUUUGCCCACACCCCCGAACCGCAGUGCACCGGCCGUCCCAGCCACACCUCCUUGCUUUUGUGUCGCCUUGCCACAGAGCAGUCAAAGUCAGAGUCCAAGCACCGUCCAGCCGGUGACUGCGGCCUCUGGUGCCGCAGGCAGCCUCACGUGCUCUCCGCCUGCUGUUGCCCAGCCCCAGGUGACUUUGGUCUCCAGUGCCCUGCCGGUAGGCCAGAGCAACCUUGCCCUGCCACCCUCAGCCCCGCAGCCUGUCUUUCUUUCUCACGGAGUUUCCCUUAACCAGUCUGCCAACCCUUCUGCGCUGCCCUUGAGUCAGCCAGUUGGGCCCAUAAACAAGUCUGUGAGAACUGGCGUCCUCCCCAUAAACCAGACCAUCCGCCCAGGGGUGUUACCCCUCAGCCAGCCGGUUGGGCCCAUGAGCAGACCUGUCGGACCAGGAGUUCUCUCAGUGAACAGACCUGUGGGGUCUGGUGUCCUUCCUGUCAACCCAUCAGUCACUGCUGGGGUUCUUCAGGCAGUGUCACCUGGGGUGAUUUCUGUGAGUCGGACAGCCCCGUCUGGGGUCCUUCCUGCAGGCCAGAUGGCCCCGGCUGGGGUCGUCCCUUCUGGAAAGACAGCAGCCUCUGGUGUCCUCCCUGUGGGCCAGGUGGUCCCACCCGGAGUUCUUCCCACUGGGCUUAUGGCCCCAUCCCGGGUUCUCCCUCCUGGCCCAACGGUCCCACUCAGGGUUCUGCCAGCAGCCCAGGUGGUCCCACCCGGGCUCCUUUCUGCCAGCCCAGCGGUCCCGUCGGGUGUUCUGUCUGUGAACCAGGGAGUUAAUUCCGGAGUCCUUCAGCUCCGUCAGCCGGUCAUGUCAGGGGUGCUACCUGUGGGCCAGCCGGUAAGGCCUGGGGUCCUGCAGCCUACUCGGCCUGUGAGCAUGGGUGCCGGCAUUCUGCCGGAUCAGCCAGUGAGGCCUGGCGCUUCGCAGAACACCACCUUCCUGACAUCAGGCUCUAUCCUCAGACAGCUGAUACCUACGGGGAAGCAGGUGAAUGGGAUUCCCACGUACACCCUGGCCCCGGUGUCUGUCACUUUGCCCGUGCCACCUGGAGGUGUGGCAACUGUUGCCCCACCCCAGGUGCCCAUGCAGCUCCUGCAGCCAGGCGCAGCUGCGCAGAUGGCUGGGGGCACAGCCGGCAUGCCCUCCCCUCCGGUGGUGGUGAAUGCUGCUCAGAGUGUGUUUGUUCAGGCCCCUCCUCCUGGCGCAGAGGCAGAUCAGGUGCUCAGGCAGGCAAAGCAGUGGAAAACCUGCCCAGUUUGCAAUGAGCUCUUCCCUUCCAAUGUGUACCAGGUGCAUAUGGAAGUGGCUCAUAAGCACAGUGAAUCCAAGUCUGCUGAGAGACUGGAGCCUGAAAAACUGGCAGCAUGCGCACCAUUUCUGAAGUGGGUGAGAGAGAAGACAGCCCGGUGUCUGUCAUGUAAGUGCCUGGUGUCAGAGAGCGAGCUUAUCCACCACUUACUCAUGCACGGCCUAGGCUGCCUCUUCUGCCCGCGCACGUUCCAUGACAUCAAGGGUCUCUCAGAGCAUAGCAGGACCAUGCACCUGGGCAAGAAGAAGCUGCCCGUGGACUACAGUAACAGAGGUUUCCAGCUGGAUUUUGAUGCUAACGGCAGCCUUCUGUUUCCCCAUCUUGAUUUCAUCACCAUUUUGCCAAAGGAGGAGCUUGGGGAGCGGGAGGUGUACCUGGCAGUCCUGGCCGGAAACCACUCCAAGUCGCUGGUGCCCGUGUACAUCAAAGUGAGGCCCCAGGCUGAGGGUGCACCUGGCAGCCCCAGCAAGCCCCUGCUGACCUGCCCCUUCUGCUUUGGCACCUUUGUGACAACUGAGGCCUAUGAGCUGCACCUGAAGGAGAGGCACCACAUCACACCAACAGUGCAUACGAUCCUGAAGUCUCCAGCGUUCAAGUGCAUCCAUUGCUGCGGGGUUUACACCGGCAACAUGACGCUGGCAGCCAUUGCCAUCCACCUGCUGCGCUGCCGAAGUGCGCCCAAGGACAGUAGCCCAGACCUGCAGGGCCAGCCGGCCAUGGUUGAGGACAGCGACGUGCUCUUGGCCACUGGCCAGGUGACUCAUGACACCGGUUUCUCUGUGAAGAGGAAGCUACCUGAUGGCCACGCUGAGGUGGAAGAGCCAAGCGAUGGGGACGUCAGUGCUGGCUCAGCCACCUCCCCAGAAAAGGCAGCCAGCGCUCUGCCCUUGAAACGACAACGUAGUGAAAGCAGGAUGGAGGCGCCACUUGUCAACAAUGAUGCCCUUCAGAUUUUAGCGUUAAAUCCUAAAAAAUAUGAAGACUGCUCUUAUGAAGAAAAAAAGCAGUUUCUUAGAGAUUAUUUCCACAAGAGACCGUAUCCUACUAAAAAGGAAAUAGAACUGUUGUCCUCGCUCUUGUGGGUCUGGAAAAUUGAUGUGGCUUCGUUUUUUGGAAAAAGAAGAUAUAUUUGCAUGAAAGCGAUAAGAAGUCACAAGGCUUCUGUGCUUUUAGGCUUUGAUAUGUCUGAACUUAAAAAUGUUAGACACAGAUUGAACUUUGAGUAUGAACCACAAAACUUGUAAAAAAAACCUUAGGAAAUCUAAAGUAAUAGAUAAUUAGUAGUUUUUCAACUGAGAUUUAAAAAAUGUUAUUUUCUUCACUAUGUUGAACUAAUAAUUUCAGUGGUCUGAAAGCUGCUCUUUAGAUUUAUUUCAGGUGCUCAGACAUAAAGAAGUGGAUAGUUUUUUCCCAUUUUUUGUUUCCUGCAAUUUGAUUAUAUAACAGUUUUAGUUUUCCCCCAUUCUGUAAAUUAAAUCUUUUGAUAUUUCAUGCACAUCUUAUUUUCCCAGUAGUGUCAAUAUCGAGUGAUAAAAACUGAAAUCCACAUGCUUGUUUUUUUUGUUUAAGGGAACAUCAUCUUGUUUGAGAAUGCGUGUUCAAAGCACUGACCCCCUCAGUCAGCUGCAUGUGUAGCAACCAGUGGCCCCAUAAAUGUGUAGAGAAAUGGGUACAAACCCAUGUGACGUGCGGCCCUGUAAGGAUGCACAGCAUUGACUACGCUGGUUUUUUCUUUGUACAGUAGUUACUUAUCAGAUUACAGUUUUGAUUUUUGUUUUUUCAGGUUUGUCCUAACAGCUGUUUUUUAUUGU